UCAAUCCUUUACUUCUUCUUCUUCUUUGGCGUCAACAAGCAGUAGCAGCUUCUUCUUCCACUUGCAACCAUGGGUAAGACACGUGGAAUGGGAGCUGGGCGCAAGCUCAAGUCUCACCGUAGAACACAAAGAUGGGCUGAUAAAGCUUAUAAGAAAUCCCAUCUUGGUAAUGAAUGGAAGAAACCAUUUGCUGGUUCAUCUCAUGCUAAAGGGAUUGUUCUAGAAAAGAUAGGUAUUGAAGCUAAACAGCCAAAUUCUGCCAUUAGAAAAUGUGCUAGAGUUCAAUUGAUUAAGAAUGGAAAGAAGAUUGCUGCUUUUGUACCAAAUGAUGGUUGUCUUAACUACAUUGAAGAAAAUGAUGAGGUUUUGAUUGCUGGAUUUGGAAGAAAAGGUCAUGCUGUGGGAGAUAUUCCUGGUGUUAGGUUUAAGGUUGUGAAGGUUUCUGGUGUUUCACUUUUGGCUCUUUUUAAGGAGAAGAAGGAGAAGCCAAGAUCUUAAGGUUUUUGUUAUGUUGUUUCAUUAGUUUUAAACUUGGGUUUGAAGUUCUUUAUUUUCUUACUUUCAUACAUUCAAGAAACUUAUCUUGUUCAUUUAUACUAUUUUCUUUCAUUUCUA